GAGUGCAACCGGUGACGUGUCCAAGAAAAUACUCGAUUCGUUUUUUUAUAAAUAUAAUUAGAGCAGAAAACCUCAGUGUUUACGCAAUGUCCGUGUUAGGAAUACUCGUAGGUUAUUUUCCCCCAAUAACUGCAAACAUGAAUACCAUUUUUGCAGUACUUCUUGUUUUUUUUGGGUGCUGCAGCAAUGUUGUGUUUCUGGAAACGCUUGUAAGAGAGUUCCCAGGAUGUGGCAACAUUGUGACCUUCGCUCAAUUUGCCUUCAUUGCAUUGGAGGGGUUCAUCUUCGAGACGAACUUUGGAAGAAAGAAACCAGCCAUCCCUAUGAGCAACUAUGUAGUCAUGGUGACCAUGUUCUUCACAGUCAGUGUGAUCAACAACUAUGCCCUCAACUUCAACAUCGCUAUGCCUCUGCACAUGAUCUUCAGAUCUGGAUCGUUAAUAGCUAAUAUGAUCAUGGGUAUAAUAAUUCUGAAGAAAAGGUAUUCAAUGAGUAAAUAUCUCUCCGUAGCGAUGGUGUCUCUGGGCAUCUUCAUAUGCACCAUCAUGUCCGCCAAACAAGUGAAUGUAGGUACUCAGGGCUCAGAUGAUCAAGGUGUAUAUGCCUUCCUGCACUGGCUGAUAGGUAUCGCCAUGUUGACCUUUGCACUGCUCAUGUCUGCGAGAAUGGGCAUUUUCCAGGAGACCCUAUACAAGCAGUAUGGCAAACACUCCAAGGAGGCUCUCUUCUAUAAUCACUGCUUGCCUCUGCCUGGGUUCCUGCUUCUGUCCUCAGACAUCUACAACCACUGUGUCCUCUUCAGUCAAAGCACUCCUGUAGAGGUUCCUGUGAUUGGCCAGGCUGUGCCGGUGUUGUGGUUGUACCUACUGCUGAACGUCAUCACACAAUACGUGUGUAUCCGCGGUGUCUUCAUCCUGACCACAGAGUGUGCCUCUCUCACCGUAACCCUGGUGGUGACUCUGAGGAAGUUCAUCAGCCUCAUCAUCUCCAUCCUCUUCUUCAAGAACCCCUUCACCGCCUGGCACUGGGUGGGCACUGGAGUCGUCUUCCUGGGCACCCUGAUCUACACGGAGGUCUGGACUAGCAUCUGCACGGCGUUAAGAGGAAGUGAAAAGCUGAGGAAGAAAAAGACGUAGUAAUAUGCAGUAAAGAAGGCGGAGUGAUACGCAGCAAUUUCGUCAAUUCCUUGCAUCCUCUCUCUUUGCCUCCUUCUCAAAACGAAUUGGAGAAGAGGAUCCACAGGGGGGGGGGGGGGGGGGCCCUGGGACCCUCUCCUCCAAUAUGAUUGAGUAGAAGUGAGAGGAUGCAGGAAAUCACAGAAAGACAAAUUGAGAUAGAGCCAACGUCACAAGGGACCUUUGACUGCACUGUUGUGUGUGUAUACGGGACUACAUUUGUUGUGGGUGUGAUUGUACACUCUGGAGCCUGUUUCCCCCCUCGCUCUCUACUGCAGUUGCAGUACGUCUCUAUACUACAUUUUAAGGACAUAACCUUGACAAAACUACCUUGUUGACUGAAUAAGUCAAGGCAAGAUUUUUGCAAAACUGAUUGUAUGGAGAUACCCUACUGCUUUGUUUGUUUUGUUUGUUUGGUGAGCUGUAUUUAUUUAGGUGUUUUGCUAAAUAUGAGUUUUGCAGAGCUGUGAGUGAAAAGUAUGUGUCUAUCAACAUGUAAUUGAACACCAGAAAAAUGAUUAUAGCGGUAUAUGGACAAAACAUAUUACUGUACUCUGAUUAGCAUCAUUUUGAAAUACUAAAUGACAAAAAGUUAGUUCACCACCUCAUCAAUGUUAUAAAAACUGACGUUAGUGAAACACAAAAGUUACAAGUAUUAUUUUCAUGUAUUCCUCAGGAGGAUAUUUGUCCUUUCAAAAUAGUACUUGGCAGGUCCAGUAACUUUGUCUUGAAAAACCCCCAAAACCAUGCAAAUGCAUUUUCCUUCACUCCAGAAUCACUGCACCAUUCAUUUUCAACCUACUGAAAUAAAAAGUUCUACCCUAUA